GUAGAGUGCGUGUCUGAGCAACUUGGCAAACAUAAUAGUCUCUAGCUAGUUAAUUUCGCCGGAACCGAUUUAGCCUAUCUAUGGCCUAUGGUAACAACACCAUUUACGGCAUUUACCAUUUCGCCAUGGAAAAAGUGAAAACGCACGGUAAAGAAGAAAGGAUAGCCGGCGCUGGUGAUUCUCCAAUCUCAUGGCACGAAUCUUUGUCUCCGGACAUUCUACGAAAGAAGGAUUAUUAAGAAAUAAAGGGAUUUAUCUCGUUUGCAUUUUACGAGUUGAUUGCGAUUAAGAAGAAUGGAGGAAGUAACAAAAUGUAAAUACAUCGAUUGUCUCGAUGCUAGAGAAAAGGAGCAUAUACUCCACGAACUUCCCGUUUGCGAUAUCAGUCUCUGUGUGAGAUGGUUGAUUAACAGUGGUCACGUAAAUCUGAUUGGAAAAGACUUGGAUGCGUUACGAUCUAUGAAAUUUUUUGUCUGUAACAGUCACUUUACGGAGGACUGCUAUCUCAGCAAAGGUACUUUGAAGGAAAAUGCAGUCCCUUCACCGCAUUGGAGUAACAUUUCGAGAAUGCUAAAGACAGCGAAAGCACACCGAAAAGUACAAUUAAACGGCCAAGAGAAUUCGACGGAGGAAGCGUCGACGAAUCAAGUUCUGGAGAAAAAUUGCCCGUUUGAAUUUGAAGUAGAUCAGUGGUGUAGAACUUGUGCUACUAAGAAGCAGAACCUUGUAAGUAUGACAACCAAGGGAAAGGGCACAGAGAUGAGCCUUCUAUCGAAACUGAAACUUUUGAUAGAAAUUGACGACGAGGAUGCGUUACCGACAAAGAUGUGCGACGAGUGUGUCGACAAGCUGGAACAAUCUUUCAAGUUUUUUCAACAAAUUUACAUAGCGGACAAUACUUUGCGUCAUGUAUUUCCAAAUACGCGAUUAAACAGCAUGCCUAGAAAGCCUUUACAUACGCUCGGUGAGCACAUGAGAAAAGAACAAACGGAAAAAAUAAAAGAGAAGAAAGAGGCAUCGGAGCAACAAGAUCCUGCACCAAGAAUUACGCGCGGUGGUUUAUUCCGUCGUGGUCGAGGUAGACCUCGUACUCGAGGAUAUGCCGGGAGAGCACGAUCGAGGCAUAGGCAGAGUCAAAUUACAUUAUCGAUUUCCAAUCAUAAGAGGGAGGAUAACACGGUUGGAAAUUCGCUUUACGAUUAUGCCGUAAAGGAACCGGUGAGAGAAAAGAACAACUACCGAAACGAGGAUAUACCGGUGCUCGACGAACAUAGGCAAGGUGGGACGGUGUUUUCGUUACUUACGGACACGUGUCAUAGCGACGAAGAACUCGAUUGGUCGGAUGUUAUAAAAUUGAUGAACCGGCAACAGUAUAAUGAUUCGAAGGAAAAUGACAAGUUUAUUCGAGUCGAGGAAAAAUUGGAAAGAAAGGUAGAAACGGAUACAGCAAAGGUGGAAACGACAACAACAACAACAUCAACAACAACAACAACAACAACAACAACAACCACAACAACGCCGCCGACGACGACGUCGACGAUGACGACGACGACGAAGACUGAGAGAGAGACCGAGGUAGAAACGAAACCGAAUAUUAAAAAGAAAAGCAUUGUUAAGGUGGAGGAGAGUAAGGUUGGAAACGAUGGGAAUACGGGAUACAAGUACAAAGCUCGGUGUAUACGUUGCAGAUUUUGUAACGAGGUGUUCGAGUUUAGGCGUCAGUUGGAAUGCCAUUUAGUAAGCAAACACUCGGAAUUGUCUGGGUACAGGUGCACGGAUUGUUUGGCCUGUUACGAGAGCGAAUCUCUACUUUCGAAGCAUCGUGCUAUGCGUCACGGAGAACGGAGAUAUCGUUGCGAACAUUGUCAAGAAGAAUUUAUCGAGAAAAGAGUACUGAGAGAACAUGUGAACGAAUGUCAAUCACACGAUACGUCGUAUUAUUUUUGCGAAUUGUGUAGCGUAACGUUUGUUUCGAAGCAAAUUCUCGUCGAACAUAUGAAAAGUCACCCUGAAAGCUCGAUCGCGUCGUUGGAAUCGGAUAUAGGGGGCUCGAAAACAAUCGACAACUCGUCGAUUCUAUCUUCAAAGGUCGUACAAGUGAAAGAAGAGCAAGAGUGUUGCUCCGUUACGGUCGCACCUUCGAACGUUGUUGCAACGUUGGAGUGUAAUCCGAGGGGAGGGAAUAGUACAAGUUCAAAUAGUAUAUUCGAAACGAAUACGAGGCAGCAGGAACAGAAGGAGGAAAAAUUCGAAAACUGUCCAGAUUGCAACGAAAAAGUGGACACGGCGGUAGAACCGAGUAUUCAUCGAAUACGUUGUAGCUCGGUAAAGAGAAAAGAUACGACGUGCCUUCUUUGCGACAAGUGUUUUCCUUCGGCCGAAGAAUACGAACGUCACGUGCUCGAUCAUUGUAAACGACUAAGAGUGUCACCGUGAUAGAAUGAAAAGGUCCCCGGUCCCCCGUUGCAUCGCACACGAUAGAAGCGAUUUAUUAUUUCGACUGGUCGAAUUGCACCGUUCGAAUUCCCUUGUAGAGAAAAUUGUUUGUCCAAGAGAUAUCUAUAAAAUAGUAUUGCGCGCGUGCAUGUUAGCAUUACGCAGAUUCUUCGAAAUUUCCUAUUAUAUGAAAUAAGCAAAAAAAAAAAAAGAAAUUGUUUUUACCCGCCUAAUAAAAACAAAUAAAUC